GUCAUUGUCAGCGAGCUGCUGGGCUCCUUUGGCGAUAACGAGCUCAGUCCCGAGUGCCUGGAUGGUGCGCAGCGUUUUUUGGCUGAGGAUGGCGUUUGUAUCCCUCAGAGCUACACGGCAGCACUGACACCUGUAUCAGCUCCUGGACUUUGGACUGAUGCUCAACAGGGUGCUGCUGGGGGUGGCCAGGCGGAUUUGGAGACAGCCUAUGUCGUGAACUUGCACCACGCAUUCUUCCCAUGCAGCGCUAUAAAGGACUGCUUUCACUUCGAUCACCCGAACUGGGAUCUGAAGAGCAACGACCGCUGUAUGGACUUGGAUUUUGAAAUCGAGGUAGACUCGCUCGUUCACGGCUUCGCAGGAUACUUUGACUGCGUGUUGUAUGGCGCGGAGAGAAUAUCCAUCCAUCCGAAGACAUUGUCUGUCGGAAUGUUCAGCUGGUUUCCAAUGUUCUUCCCGCUUCGUCAUCCUCAGUUUCUGCAGCGGGGCUCCGUGAUAAGGAGUCACUGGUGGCGAAGACAUGAUGCUCACAAAGUCUGGUACGAGUGGGCAUUGUCAGAACCCUCGCCCAGCCCUGUGCAGAAUUUGGGUGGAAGAUCGUGGCCAAUCAGCCUUCUGUGA